UCAAUUGUGAAACCAAGCUCCUUAUCCAUGGCUUUCAAGACCAUGAUGAUUCCCCAUAUCUUAACCUUGUUAUCCAUUCUUACACCUUGUGUAAAUUCAGUUGUGGAAUUCAACUAUCCCCCAGUUUUCAAUUUUGGUGAUUCAAACUCUGACACUGGUGAGCUUGUUGCUGCUUAUGGCUCCUUCCUUAGCUCCCCUAAUGGCCAAUCAUACUUCAAAACACCAUCUGGAAGAUUCUGUGAUGGCCGUCUGAUUGUAGAUUUUCUCAGUAAUUGUCUCUCAUUUGCCAUGGCUACCAAGACUAUAGCUCUCCUCAUCUUCACCUUUGUUCAUCUCUGUUUUCCUCUGGCUAACUCUGUUGAGUUCAACUUUCCUGCUGUUUUUAACUUUGGUGAUUCUAACUCUGACACUGGUGGGCUUGUAUCUUCUGGGAUUGAAACCAUCAAUCCUCCAUAUGGACAAAACUACUUCAAAAUCCCAUCUGGGAGAUACUCUGAUGGGCGGCUCUUAGUUGAUUUUUUGAUGGAUGCUAUGGAUCUUCCAUUUCUAAAUUCCUAUCUGGAUUCCAUUGGCGCGCCGAGUUUCCAAAAAGGCUGCAAUUUCGCAGCAGCGGGAUCUACAGUACUCCCAGCAACUGCAACAUCAGUCAGUCCUUUUUCAUUUGGAGUUCAAGUGUCUCAGUUUGGCAGAUUUAAAGCUCGGACUCUUGAAUUGCUAGCUAAAGGUAAGAAGUUUGCCAAGUAUAUUCCAACAGAAGACUUUUUCUCCAAGGGGCUGUACAUGUUUGAUAUAGGCCAGAAUGAUGUUGCUGGUGCAUUUUACUCCAAGACAUUCGAUCAGAUAAUUGCUUCAAUUCCAACAAUUUUGUUAGAGUUUGAAAAUGGAAUAAAGAAACUGUAUGAUCAAGGAGCCAGAAAUUUUUGGAUACACAACACUGGUCCUCUUGGAUGCUUGACUCAGAAUGUUCUCAAAUUCGGAACUGAUCCAUCAAAGCUUGACGAACAAGGAUGUGUCAGCGCACACAACCAAGCCGCUAAACUAUUCAAUCUUCAGCUUCAUGCUCUAUCUAAAAAAUUGCAGGGCCAAUAUUCAGAUACAAAUUUCACAUAUGUUGAUAUCUUCUCAAUAAAAUCUAACCUUAUUGCAAACUAUAGCAAAUAUGGAUUUGAACAGCCUAUCAUGGCUUGCUGCGGUUAUGGAGGUCCACCAUUGAACUAUGAUUUCAGAAUUUCUUGUGGACAAACAAAGAUCUUGAAUGGGACUUCAGUCACAGCAAAAGGGUGCACUGAUAGUACUGACUAUAUCAGUUGGGAUGGAAUUCAUUACACUGAGGCUGCAAAUCAGUUUGUUUCUUCACAAAUACUCACUGGAAAAUAUUCUGAUCCACCUUUCUCAGACAAAAUGCCUUUCCUUCUGAAACUCAAGUUCUAAACAUAAGAGAGUUAUUCUCAUAAUUAUUACAUUCUUUGUUCUUCCUCGGUGUAUUAUUAUGAACCAAAUAACUCAAAGGAAGUUCUGACAAAUGUAUUUUUUUAUUAGCCAGAAGCAAUAAAUAACAGUGCAGCAACUUCACUUCUUUUGACA